GGACCCCUCCCGGCAGAGACCAAGGUGUACGUGGGGAACCUGGGCACGGGCGCGGGCAAAGGCGAGCUGGAGAGAGCCUUCAGCUACUACGGGCCCCUGAGAACCGUGUGGAUCGCCAGGAACCCGCCGGGGUUUGCUUUCGUGGAGUUUGAAGACCCAAGGGAUGCUGAAGAUGCUGUGCUCGGCCUCGAUGGGAAGAUAAUAUGUGGCUCCAGGGUUAGAGUGGAAGUGUCAACAGGGAUGCCUCGUCGCUCCCGUUAUGACAGGCCUCCUGCGCGACGCCCCUUUGACCCCAACGACAGAUGCUAUGAGUGUGGUGAGAAAGGCCACUAUGCUUAUGAUUGUCACCGCUAUAGUCGGCGAAGGAGGAGCAGGUCCCGGUCUAGGUCCCGUUCACGAUCUCGAGGAAGAAGGUAUUCUAGGUCACGCAGUCGGAGUCGUGGUAGGAGAUCAAGGUCAGCUUCCUACCGCAGAUCCAGGUCAAUCUCUCCUCGUAGGUAUAGAUCAUUUUCACCCCGCAGAUCUCGGUCUGGUUCUUUAAGGAGAUCAAGAUCUAGGUCCAGAUCACGCUCAAGGUCUCGAUCUGUUGUGUGGCCUCGAAGCAGGUCUGGGUCGCAUGGUAGAUCUAAAUCUGGCUUACCUGCUAAAAGUCGCUCAAAGUCCAGAUCCCCAUCUCCAAAGAGAAGUCAUUCACCAUCAGGAAGCCCUUGAAGGAAUGCAAGUCCUGGAAGAAUGGAUUAAAAUUUAAAAUGUUUAAGAAGAAAAUUUAUUUUGUUUACAUUAUUAUAAGGGAUUUUGUGCUGUCUUUAUAAAUGUAAGGGCUUAGUCCUAGAAGGCUGUUUCUAUUGACUAACAAUUGGCAUUAAUCUGGUUCUUUUAAGUCUUAUUAGUAGACUAAUGCAAACUUUUUUGUUGUCUUAAGGUUCUGUGAUCUGGAAAUGUUGGGCUUUUUUUAUUCGCACAUUGAAAUAAACUGUGCAUUUCUAA